UAUUUGAUGGAAGGGAACGAAAAGUGAAGAUGAAAAUUGAAUCCAGUGAGGAUAUCUUAGAGCUGAUUGAAGAACAAAAAACUCACAACAUUUACGUAGAGUUGGAGAAGCGAGUAAAUGUAGGUGUUCCGGGGACGGCGCAACAAAGCUUCACGCAAAUUAUGGCGUCCCAAGGUGUAUUUCCGAGUUCUUUUGGUGUUGGUAGUUCUGCAUUUUCCCACGAGGCCCCAUAUUCACAUCAAGCAGGCCCUAGUUCAUUUACACAUACUGGAUAUCCUCGGGACGCUGAUGAUCAAAACGCGGGUUGUUCGAACCAACCAAGUCAUUCUCGUGACGAUGACAAUAAUGAUGACCAAACCAACACGCACAAUGGUGACUCAGGCGACGAAGAAAAAGAGGUUAUGAGAAACAAAU